CAUUGGCAUAAAACAUGCCGAAUCCAAAUCAUCGCAAACUCAUCACUUGUUUAGUCCUGCAACGGCUAUAUUUCUUUCAAUCAUACAAGCCUUUCCUCAACGGUCCCUUCCCCCCAAUAAAGUUCUUAAUUCUUUUUUCUUACUCCUGCCACUUUUAUACCAACCCCCAUAUUCCACUUCGCUCCCUCUCUUCUUCUCCUUCUCCUUCUUCACGAUGGUCACUCUCUCCGCCGCACCUACUGUCCAGCACGUUGCCAAAAACUCUUCCGACCAACUCCUCCAGAAAUUCGCCCACUUGGAUUCCCAUCCCCCCAAAAUCAAGCAUAAGCGCCGAAAGACCCUCGCUGAAUCUCACUGCCACAGCCCUGCCCACGGUGGCUCCGCUCUGGUCGAGAGAAGGUCGCUGGUCGAGAGAAGGUCGCUUCUCACGCCCGCCGCCACUCGCCGCUCCACUCUGCUCCGCCAACUUGGCAUUGCUCGGGUCCACCUCAAGGCCAGGGAUAUCAGAAACAGAUCCCUCUUCGGAACGCUUGAGAAGGAUUUCGGUCUUGGUGUGAACAAAAGGCGUAAGCACACAAGCAGUAUCGCUUCCAUCUUCCUUCGCCUGUGACUCUCACUCCAAUCGCUCAACUCACUGCUGAUAACAAAAAGGGGAGAGGAAUCAGGAUGCAUAAAGAAGAUCAAGGAGGAUUGAGGAUAUGAGUAUUGGGAACUGUGGACCUUUAUUCCUUUCUGCUUGUGUAGUAUGUAGUUUUUUUAACUUGUGUUUCUCUUUAAAGCCACUUUGAUUCUGCGAAUAUCAGUUUGCUUUGACUCGAAGGAAGAAAAGUAACUGUCUGAAACAUGUAACAAUAGUCGACCGGAGGCUUUCGACUCCGAGUGCUGAAAUCGAGAUGAGGCAUAGCGGAAUGUGUCAAUCAGACUUUUCAAUGCCCAUGAAAUAAUGAGAAGCAGGGCUUGAUGUUGACAACCUUUUUCUACCAGCUUGCAUUAACUUGUUCCCUGGUGC